UAUGAUCCACGCUCUCAGGUAGAAAUACACGUCGAAGACAACGGAGAGAGGCAACAGGAACAAACAAACAAAAAUCCACCGCUGGUGUACCAGCACGUAGUCGACACCUUUGACUUUGGUCCACAGCGCCAACAUGACAAGCACGACGGCCACGUAGAGCAGCAUCUCAAUUGUCUGUAUUGUACUACAACUGUACAACUAUUAGACACACACGCGUGACCGCCCAACACAAGCAGCCGCCACACUUCCACGGAGAAGCGUGACGAGUCGGCGUGGGGUUAUUUAAAACCAAAAAAAAAAGCCUAAAAGCCACCGCCGGUCACCUCUUCCUCCUGAUAGGACCUGCACACCCAUGGGAGUGAAACCAGCGAGGAGUUGUUUUUUGCACCGUUUGAGGAUUUCUCACUUCUUGGAUGUGUGAGCCCCCCGCCUGCGCAUGGGGCGCUCCAUCCCGUCCGGACCCGAGUGACACCAUCCACCAGGCCUCGGCGGCAACCUCGGCGGCGGGACGAUGCCUUCCCUGCACCACGGGGCCAUCGUCGUCGGCGUCUUCCUCAUCCUGACGGGGGGCUCCACAGCCUUCCUGGCCUCGGCCCAGAGCCGCAUGCAGCCCUUCUCGCUGUGCUGCGUGGUGCUGGGGAUGGUCAUGCUCAUCCUGGGGCUCUUCUGGGCCAUGAACAGCAAAAGCACGGCCAACUACAACCCGCAGGAGUUCGACCCCGAGUGCCCGCACUACCCUUACAACGAGUACGCCGGCUACAGCAGCCAUGCCCUCUUUGCACACGGCGGGGGUCACUUCCACGAGUCCCAGUCGGUCUUUCUGCCGGGGACUCUGGAGUGCCAACGACACGGCAUCCGAGGCGAGGACUUCGACUAUCCCCCCAUGGACUCGGGAGGUUUCAGUCCGCCCCCCCGCCCUCCUCCCUGGCUGGGGCCGCCGCCGCCCUACGAGGUGGCCAUCAAAACCACGUGCAGCUCCACGCACCUGAGGCGCGCCUACUCCGACACGCACUUAGCAGCCGAGCCGCUGUUUGCGCGGUCCAGAGAGAUCAGCUUCGAGGUGUGACGGCGGGAACGCCAACGGGACACGAGAAGCAUGUCGGCAUGCUCCUUAUACAUUUGCGGGAACUGAAUCCUAAACCAUGUUGACCAAAGAGCACUAGGACACUUUUUGUCUCUGAGGUCAUUAGUUGACUUUCGAGUAUUCCAGGGAAGUUGAUCAGGAUUAAAAAAAACACAUCCCAGUUCAGUUCUGAUAAAAGUGCUGCAAUCUUAGCAUCCAAUCUACUCUCUUAGAGGGGCUUA